GAUUGAUCUCAUCUGGAGUCUCAGAUGACUGUAAAAUGAAUAGAUGAAGUUAUUGCUUCUACAGGCUUUUCUUGGGGGAUCUCCGGAAAGUGCGUUUUAAGGCGAAGUCAUGAUGUAUUCGCCCAUCUGUCUCACUCAGGAUGAAUUUCACCCAUUCAUCGAGGCACUUCUUCCACAUGUCCGUGCAAUCGCCUAUACGUGGUUCAACCUGCAGGCUCGAAAACGCAAGUACUUUAAAAAACAUGAGAAGCGAAUGUCAAAGGAUGAGGAAAGAGCAGUCAAAGAUGAGCUUCUUAGUGAAAAGCCUGAAAUCAAACAGAAGUGGGCAUCUAGGCUCCUCGCCAAGCUGCGCAAAGACAUCCGCCAAGAGUACCGGGAGGAUUUCGUGCUCACCGUGACUGGGAAGAAGCACCCAUGCUGUGUAUUAUCCAAUCCCGACCAGAAGGGUAAGAUUAGGAGAAUCGACUGCCUGCGACAGGCUGACAAAGUCUGGCGUCUGGAUCUAGUCAUGGUGAUCCUGUUCAAAGGCAUCCCUUUGGAAAGUACGGAUGGAGAACGGCUCAUGAAAUCCCCACAUUGCACAAAUCCAGCACUUUGCGUCCAGCCACAUCAUAUAACAGUAUCAGUUAAAGAGCUUGAUUUGUUUUUGGCAUACUACGUGCAGGAGCAAGAUUCUGGACAAUCAGGAAGUCCAAGCCACAACGAUCCUGCCAAGAAUCCUCCAGGGUACCUUGAGGAUAGCUUUGUAAAGUCUGGAGUCUUCAACGUGGCAGAACUUGUGAGGGUGUCCAGAACACCUAUAACCCAGGGAACUGGGGUAAAUUUCCCGAUUGGAGAGAUCCCGAGCCAGCCAUACUACCAUGACAUGAACUCUGGUGUAAAUCUACAAAGGUCACUGUCUUCUCCACCAAGCAGCAAAAGACCCAAAACUAUAUCCAUAGAUGAAAAUAUGGAACCAAGUCCUACAGGAGACUUUUAUCCUUCUCCAAAUUCCCCAGCUGCUGCAAGUCGGACAUGGCAUGAAAGGGAUCAAGAUAUGUCUUCUCCUCCUGCUAUGAAGAAGCCUGAAAAGCCGUUGUUUAGCCCUACAUCUCCGCAGGACUCUUCACCCAGAUUAAGCACUUUCCCUCAGCACCACCAUCCUGGGAUCGCUGGAGUCGCACACAGUGUCAUCUCAACCAGAACGUCACCAUCACCGUUGCCAUUCCCAGCACAAGCUAUCCUUCCUCCGGCCCCAUCAAGCUACUUUUCUCAUCCAACAAUCAGAUAUCCUCCUCACCUGAAUCCUCAGGAUACUCUGAAGAAUUACGUACCUUCUUACGAUCCAUCUAGUCCACAGACAAGCCAGCCCAACAGCAGUGGUCAAGUAGUAGGGAAAGUGCCCGGCCAUUUCACUCCAGUUUUGGCACCCUCUCCCCAUCACAGUGCAGUGCGACCUGUGACCCUGACCAUGACAGAUACUAAACCCAUCACUACAUCCACUGAAGGUGAGGCAGCUUCACCUACAGCGACCACCUACACAGCCUCAGGCACAUCUCAAGCCAAUCGAUAUGUGGGACUAAGCCCAAGAGACCCAUCCUUCCUACACCAGCAACAGCUGAGGAUUUGUGACUGGACCAUGAAUCAAAACGGCAGGCAUUUAUACCCCUGUGCCAGUGAGGAUACAUUGGGAAUUACUUGGCAAAGUCCUGGUACCUGGGCUAGCUUGGUCCCUUUCCAAGUAUCAAACAGGACACCAAUCCUGCCAACAAAUGUCCAAAAUUAUGGUUUGAACAUAAUUGGAGAACCUUUCCUUCAAGCAGAAACAAGCAACUGAGGGAAAACCAAAAGAACGACAACAAUGAUGAUGACAACAACCACCACCACACAACAAACAUUUUAAAACAGAAAAAAAAAAGAAAAGAAAUGAAAAAAAUGGAAGACGGGACAAAAAAAGAAACUGAAGAAAGAAGAAAAAUUAUAGACCAGCAAUUGCAGCACUUACAAUCACUAAUUCCCUUAAGGUUGAAACUGUAAUGACAUAAAAAGGGUCGAUGAUAUUUCACUGAUGGGUAGAGCGCAGCCCCUGCUAAGUAGCCUUUGUUAUAUGAAGUCCGCUGGGAAAUAGAUGUUCUGUCUCGAUGACAAUAUAUUUUAACUGACUUUCUAGAUGCCUUAAUAUUUGCAUGAUAAGCUAGUUUUCUUGGUUUAGUAUUCUUGUUGUUUACGCAUGGAAUCACUAUUCCUGGUUAUCUCACAAAACAAAGGCUAGGAGGCGGCCUUAGAGCUGCCAGAUGACAAGGGCCUUGAGCCAGCCAUUUUGUAAACACUCUGAUUUCUAAAAGUUAAAAAAUAAAUACAAGCUCUGUAGCCUUUAGUUAUCAGUACAGAUUUAUUCAACUUUGGCCCUUAACCCAGCCUUUUCCAGUGUGUAACCCAGUUUGAAAUCUUAAAAAAAAAAAAAAAAUUUUAAAAAAAGGAAAAAAAAAUUCAGUCUGAACACAAAGGCUCUAUGGAAGAAAUGCCUCUAUGUAGGUAAAGUGUUAUCUCUGCAUGCAACAGUAAAAAUUAAUAUAAUAUUUUCCCCACAAAAGAAACACUUAACAGAGGCAAGUGCAAUUUAAAAAUUUAUAUCUAAAGGGGAAUCAUCAUUAUAAGUCCUUCAGCCCUUGGACUCUAAAUUGAGGGGAUUAAAAAGAAUUUAAAAUAAUUUUGAACGAAUUUAUUUUCCCCUCAGUUUUUGAGGGCAUUCAAAGGCAUUAAAUCAAGACAAAUCAUGUGCUUGAGGAAAAAAAAAAAAGAAACACAGCACUUAUGUUGGUUUAGCUGCUGCCUCCACAGAGGUAGGAUUUAUUUAUUUAAAAUUACUGGUUGCAUCAAGAACCCAUAGGGUGUACAAAAGGUUCUCUACAAUCUGCAUCAUAGAGACAAAGAGGCAGGCAAAUCCAUGUCACAAGGGCAAAGCUUACAGUUUACAAACUGGGAAUGAAAGAAAGAAGGGUGGGAUAUAAAAUGCACUCUUGAGAAAACAGAAGUCAUCAGGGUGCUGGAAACUUGCAUGGUGCUUUCAGAAAUUAGCCUUGUUCAACAAAUUUCUCGUAUUGACAGGACUGUAAUGUGCAUGGGCAGACACAUUUUGCCUCUAUGUCUCUUAAAAUUUUAAUUAAACAAAAGUACUCUUUCCAGUAAUCCUAAUUUGCACGAAGAUAUAAUGUCCACAUUACGUGCCUUGCCUUGAAAUCUAAAAAAGUGACAUCACUACACUUGUUUUGCUGCAUUUAUUAUAAUUUUAAAUCUUUACCAUUUUUAUGACAAAAUAUUUUGUACUCCAGAUGAAAAAAAUGUGUGACAUCAUGGAUUUUUUAGACAGUUAUACCUUUAUCUCACAUUUAUAAAGCAUAUCAUGGCUGUGUAUAGUUGCCGCUUAAAAAUUGUAAUCGACCAGCAAUAUUUUCAGUAUUUUGGUGUUUUUUCUAUUAACCUUUCAUGUUUUUCAUCUUCCAAUUAAUAUUUGGGAGGGGGGGGUUUCAAAUUUAUACGAAUUAUGCAAUACCAAGUUUUGCCUAUGUAGGUAGUGCUUUUAGCUGUAUUGGUUAUUAUAGGUAAGUACACAGAUUUAAAAAAGAAAAAAAGAAAAAAAAAGAAUGAUGUAUGCUUUUUUUUGUUUGUUUGUUUGUUUUAAUUGACCAAAGUGGGUACUGCUAUUUUUGCAGUGUGAUGAGGUCCUUUUGUGUACUGAGAGAUGGACAGGGGAUUUUUUUUUAUACAUACAUAUAUAUAUAUAUAUAAAUAUAUAUAUUCUGGGGUGGGUGGGAGGAUUUUUAACACUUUACAGUGUAGCUGUGAAGCAGUGUACUCUUAGACAGGCAUGGGCUGCAAAGCGACUGUUCUGCCUACUGUGACAAACUUUAAAAAUAGGUUCCCUCUCGUUAACUUCCCACCUGGGGUGCAAGCUGAACUCAUUUCUGGAUUUAAACACACACAUGCAUGCAUACAUGCACGCACGCACACACACACACGCACACACACACAAAUAAAAAGUAAUGAAUUCUGUUGGAGGCAGACUUGGCUUGAGGAAAUUAUCUUACUUUGUUUGUUUUUUCUUGAGAGGUCAAGACCCACAGUGAGAGUGAGGCCAUCUCAUACUUGGCAAAGAUAUAUCAUUUUAAAAAUCCACUUUAGAGGGUGUUUCUCACUAAUGGUUUUACCUAGGGACACACUUUCUUUUACAUAACACACAGCCUCCAUUGGAGGAAUUAGUGCCCUGUCUUAACCCCUUCCAAUCCCCUCCUCUCCCCAAGAAUUCUAGCCUGUCCAGCUCCUCAUUUUAUAAUGAUGGAGUAUGUGAUUUACCCAUGUCUUAAUAUUACAAACUAAUGGCAGACUUUUUUUUAACAUCCUCAAGGUCAAACGGAUAGUUGCUAUUCUUCAAUGAUUUCGGACUAAUAGAUAUCAGUGAAUGUUCAUCCUAAGGGAGGAAGAAAAAAAUUAACCACCUCUAGGUUCUAUUUGCACAUCCUUUCUGACUAAGAACAAGUACAGAAGGGGAGGGAGACUGUAGAAAUAAUUUCCCUGUGGACAAAUUCAGCCCUCUAGAAGACAAUAUAAUUUUUUUUGGAAAAAGGAAUAGUACCUCAGAUUUCUAUUUAAUCCUUGAUAUUUGGGGGUAAGGAAGGGCACCAAAACUUUAUAUUGUUUAUAUUUUCUUUUCUCCCAGAAUCCAUAGAGUCAGUUUAUUAAUGGAAAGAAUAGCUGUUAGAAUUAGUGAAACAUGGUAGAUUGUCUUAAGGACCCCCUAAGCUAUGAUCUAAUAAAAUAAACUGUCUAUUGUUCUCCCAGCACAUCAUUUAAUAAUGAAUACUUAUGAACAAUGAUUACAUGCUGGACAAUUGUAUUUGAUUAGCCCAUUCAGUAAGAUGUCCCCAAAUGCUGAAUAGCACAGCAGGAUAAGACCAGCUGAAGUUCAGAAGUAAGUGCAAUAAUUUCUGUGAUCCUCACCCUGGUAGACUACAGAUAAUCUU